AAGCGAGUCUGUCGUACAGUCAUACUCGUAGACAAAGCGUUAAACUAGCCCGUCUCGGAUGUGAACAUAUGGGACCACAAUAAUAACAAUACCCAGAUAACCUGCUGUACUGUAGGCUAUAGCUUGUGCAGACUUACGUGGCUAUGCUAGGGUUUCUCUGUAUUAAAUCUCAUGAAAUUGGAACGAAAAGCAUAAAGUCACAGCCAUGUCGUUCAUGCGACCAAACCCGUUUACCUCGCCCGUUGGUCAGAGAAUAGAGAGGGCGACCAACGAGAGCCAGGCCUCAGAAGACUGGGGUCUGAUUAUGGAGAUUACUGAUAUCAUCAAUGAAACAGAAGAAGGUGCCAAAGAUGCUGUAAAAGCCCUGAAGAAGAGAUUAUUUGGGAAUAAGAAGUGGAAAGAAGUUAUCUUCAGUCUAACGAUUCUGGAAACAUGUGUGAAGAACUGUCAGCAUCGCUUCCAUGUACCGAUCUGUAAGCAAGAGUUCUGCAAGGAAUUGGUUAAAGUCAUUCAACCCAACCUGAAUCCACCAACUAUUGUACAGGAGAAGAUUCUGGGUUUAAUUCAGUCUUGGGCCGACGCCUUCAAGAACGACCCCACCCUGCAAGGCGUGGUCAAGGUGUACGAGGAACUGAAGAGCAAGUCCAUUGAAUUCCCUCCAAUGGACUUGGAUGCACUGUCCCCCAUCAGGACCCCAUUGAGAGUCACACCAGAGGUAGACCCUGCUAUGAAUAGACCAGCUCCUACCAGACAGCCAACACAGCCUAUACCUGGACCUGGACCUGUUCAUGUUCCUGCCCAAGUACCCCCUCAGCAGCAGCAGCAGCAGCAGCAGCAGCAGGGACCAAUGACCUUCUCAGCAGAUCACAUGACCAAGCUCAGGAGGGAACUAGACCUGGUCCUGGGUAAUGUCAGGGUCAUGUCUGAGAUGCUGACUGAAAUGCAACCAGGACAGGAGAAUCCAGAUGAUCUUGACUUGCUCCAGGAACUGAACCAAACCUGUCGUACAAUGCAGAAGAGGGUUGUUACACUUUUAUCAGAGGUCACUCAUGAAGAGGUCACAGGAGAGUUACUGAGAGUGAACGAUGACCUGAACAAUAUGUUUGUCCGCUUCGACCGCUACGAGCGCUAUCGCCAGUCCCAGGCACAGAGUACCCAACCAUCUCAAGCCCCCUCUACCAUGCCUGCCAUGCCAGCAGUAUACCCUGCUGCCGCUCCGAUAACAGCACAAGCACCUGGCCAAGGAGAGAGUAGUGUAGGAACGUUAAUUGAUCUGGGAUUGGACGAACCGGCCCCCGCCUACGCUGCUGCACCUGCCCCAGCCUACCCCCCAGCAGCACCGAUGGGAGGGGGCAUGAUGGGCCCUCCAGGGGUGCAUACAAUGGCCUCCCCUACCCUGAGGUGUCCAACCAAGGUCCAGGAGCUGGUGGUCUAUGACCAAUUAGCAGGGCUCUCAAUGACUGGAGGCAGCGUGAGCAACUCAUUGGGUCAGAUCAGUAAUGUGCCAACCUCAGUGAAUCCGCCACCUCCGGAAGAUGACUUUGACAUGUUUGCACAGAGCAGGGGCACCACAUACCAAGACAGCAUCAGAUCGGGCAGUACAUAUCAAGACAACACUAAUGUAGACCAGGCCGGUGGUGCUUUGGCAGGAUUUGUACAGAACAGGUCCCUCCCUCCUCCAGCAUAUGAUGCUGUCAUGACAGAGGAGCAGCAACCGGUCGUUGCCCCAGCAUCGAAAGGAGCAGGAGGGAUGGACGAGAUGGAGCAGUGGCUUACAGAUAGUGAUUUGAGCAAAGCACAAGAUACAUACGCAGCCGCUAAUACUAAUUCCGAUGAUGUGGAUGAUCCAGGUAUUAGCAGCUCAGGUGCAAAGACUGGAGAGUUUGACAAGUUCCUGCAGGAGAGGGCGCAAGUGGGCGAGACGCUCCCAACAGCCAACAUCGGUAGCCAUAGCAAUGUGACUGCUCCCGCAUCCACCCAGCAGAAUAGGCAGAUGCAGAUGAACGAGGCAGAAAACAACAUGUUUGCCUUAUAGGGUUUGACGCUAACAAGUUUGUUUGUCAUAUAUUAAUCUAAAUUCAAUCUGUCAUUUGAAGUCUUCAGGUAAUUAUGUUUAAAAGAUAACAUGUAGUAUAUCUGUGAGAAGGUAAAGAAUUUAUAUGAUUUCAUAUCUUGUAGCUUUUACAUUUACACUAUCCCGUCUAGUGUGGAGGCGGCUGAAGCCCUCCUCAUGCCCGGAACCCUCAAUAAACAAGCUGGGAUGGUUCGGGCGCGCCUGGUUUCAGUCCCCCAUCACCAAAUUCUGCACACACCUAUGAUUUAUGUACAGCAGAGAGAUUUAUAUAUGUUAUGUUUAGUCAAAUAUUGUAUUCUUGUUUAUUAUGAGCUCUUCCAAACUCAAUUUGAAAUAGUUUGUCCACAUGAGUUUUGAACACAAGUUAUUGAGGUAAAGCUGGAAAGUGAAAGUAUGACAUUAUUGGACAGUUAAAUAACGAAAAGACAGAUGCGUGGAAUGGAUACAAAGAAAAAGUAUAAUUAGAAGCAAGUAAAUCAUACUUUCAUAUCAUAAUAUGAUUGCAGGGCCCUCAGGGAGAACAGUAUGAAUACUGAUGAGGCUACCCUGGGUAAACAAGACAUAUUAUUAUUAUUUGUUCUCAGAACUGUAAUCCAAAACUAGUUUGAAAAGAAUAAACUGAAUUCACAUUAUUUGACUAAUGGUAGCUCAAAUUGGGGUCACCUUAAAAUGUACUUAGUAUUUACCUAUCAUAGAAUCACCAUGACAAUAAACAUGUAUUUAUUAGAUGUGCAUGUAUACAAUUCUUUUCCCUUUUUCCAGAUGGUAUCAAUGGUAUAAGAAAAAGGGAGUAGGGAACAUGUACAUGUAUAUUCAUGAACUAAAUACUUGUCACUCAUGUUAACGUAUAUGUCAAAAUUAGGAAACUAUCAUCGCACUAUGCUAUUUUAAUUGUAAUGUUCAUAGUAUUAAAAUUUUGUAUAUGAAAUACAUGUAUAAAGCAGGAGACAUUGUUAGAUGUAUGAUGUACAGUAAACACAUGUAUUCUCUUACAUGUAUCUCAAAGAAUGGGAUAAUUAACCUAUAUUUUCACUUGAUAAACCUCUUUAAUUUUACUUUGGCAUCAAAAUUAAAUGUGUUUUGUCUUCUUUUAUAGCAUACAUAAAAUGUAGAAUUUAGGAUUGGAACAAAUAUUAUGUUUUCUAUUUUCCACUUGAAGUAAAAAUUAGAGAAUGUCUUAAAAAUGUGUUUAGAUAGACAUGGGCACUAGUACUUAUGUAGCAUUAAGUUUAAUAAUAUUAUUUUUAUUAUUUUUAUUUAUCAAUAAAAAAAUACAUAAUAAAUCAGAAGAAAGUUGACCUAAACUGUGGCAUACAUUCUUUCUGUCCCAAUCCCAGUAGUUGUUAACAUAACAUAUUUUGAUUUUACAUGUAGUAAUAAUGGUUUAACAGAGUACAUACAGUGUAUAUGGACAGUGGUGGAUCCAGGUUUCUUUUACUGGGUUUAAUAUUGUGUUUCUCCAAUUCAGAUUUUUAAAUCUCAAAAGAUGUUUGUUUACAUUUUUAGUUGAGUCUCAAACAUCUGUUGUGAUGGGUUACAUCAAUUCUGGUUUAUUAGUGUCAAACAGUUUCACAUUUGUCAGAAGAAAAGUUAGGAGUAAAUGAAUUCUGACAAACAGGAAAGAAAUAUUCCCAGUAUUAGCAAGGUGCACUAAAUGUUCAGUAUUCAUGUUUUAAACAUUUUCACAUUUUGACUGGGGGGGGGGGGGGGGAGUAAUUUGCCCAUGGUGAUCCCCUAUGAAUGUCUGUGAUAGAUUAGAGGUUAACCUUGUUUAGGAAAAACUUGAAUUUCUGAGAAGAAAUUACAUGUAUAUACCAUCCUGUGUGAAAAGUGUUCAUAUGGAUAAACAGAGAUUUCAUUUUUAAUGUCACUAGAAAGAUCUUGGCAGUGAAAGCACUCAGUCCUCUAGAUAGAGUUUCCUGUACUCAUUGGAGUUUGAAAUCUCUUCCUCAGUUGGUCUGUGAUAAGUUAUCCCACAUGAUCUGGUUAGCUUAAGACAUUUCCAAAAUCUGGCAGUUGCUUGGCAGGAGGUACUGUGUUUACAGGAGGUUUCUUUCAAAGUUUGUUUUCCUCCAACUGGUGACUAAAUCAUCUACAUUAUGUCACAGACUGAACAAUAUUAUCACCACCUGGGGUUUAAUAUAACCCCAGUUGCCACCACAAUUUUUUGGCUAUAGCUGGGACUCCUGCUGCACCAAUUGGUUGUCCAAACAGAUCAACUUCUUCAUAUUUGUAGUGAUGUUGAUAAUCAAUUCAAGAAUUUUAUGUGGAAUAUUACUUGGUAGUAUGUAAUUAUAUACAUUUAAUACUGUGCAUUUUGAUUUUCAUUUAACACAGGAUAUUUAUAAAUCAUGUACAUGUAAGUCAUUUAGCUACUAUAAUUUCAGUGCAUUUAUUAUAGGAAUCAAAUUCAAGAUUUUUUUAUAUAUUAUCUAUGUAUAUACAUAUAAGUGUAUAUGUGAUGAUUACGUUAAUUGUACGAUUCAGAAAUGGAAAUAUGGAAUGUCUUGUCUACAUGUAUAUGUUUAAUUUGUUUGUAUUGUUUGGUAUUUCAAAUUGCAAAAAUAGGAUAUCUUUCAUUUUCAACAUUUGAUAUCAAUAGAUUUACAUUACUGUCUAUAAAUUUAUUUUGCUGGAUGAAAUUAUUUUACAAUUGUAAACCCUUGUCAGUCCACAGUGUGUAUGUCUGAACUAUGAGACUGAGACGGACAUAGUCCGGCUUGGCUCAAGACUAGAUGGAAUCGUGUUUAAAGGUGACAAAUUAGGGUCUGUGCCUGUAGACUGAGAUGCAAUAUUGGAUGAAAUUAGCCAACUUUGGGGAGUUCUUUUGCAGUUAUAAACAGUUCUCAAUGUUUCUUUCUACUAGUGAAAGGCAUGAAGAGAUAUAAAAGGACAUUACAUAAAUCUUAUGAAGAGCAGCUUGGCAGACUUUGUUUCCCAUUUGUUUUCAGAGCUGUUUAGUUUCUGAAUUCCAUCCACUUGCAAAACUCAAGGGGAUGAAAUGAAAUCUUUACUUUGUAAUUUAUUGCAUCUCUUCUUUUAUUAACAUCUGGAAUAUAAUUACACAUCAAGUCUCAGUGGCACAUUAAUCCAUUUCUGCUUGUAUUCUGUUGUGCAUUAUAGUGGUAUAUCUAGUAUAAAUUGAAGUUGUUUUAACAGUAUGCCUUGCUCAAAGGCCUAUGAAGUAAAAUCAAUGCAACUGGCAACAGGUUAUAUUGCAUGCAGGUCUGUCAAGUUACGUAAAGCCCCUCCCCCUCUUUUCUGGAGGUCUAGAUCUGCCCCUAUUGUGGCAGUUUCUGGAUAUGCCAAUGCAUGUAAAAGUGUCCUAUACAAAUUAUAGAGCGAUAUAAAUACAGGUAUCAAUCUAGAAAAGGGCUAGUAUCAGGUUAUUAUAUAAGGUGAUAUACAUCUAGAUAUCAAUCUAGGUGAAAAGAAAAGCUCUUGCAUGAGGUAAUUUAGAUGCAAGAAAUUGAAAGUGUACCAAGCACCUUUAUUUUUGUUAAUACAAAGAUUAUUUGUGUAAAGCUGGAAUAAUUAAAACUUAAAAGGGACACUUUACCUGGCAUUCUAUAGGCUAACUGUUAUGGAGUACUGGUAUGAAGAAAUACAGAAUCCAACUCCAAUUUCAAGAUGUUUUCAACUGGCUCACUAUUUCGUAUAAGGCUUUAUGCUGUAGUUUGUCAGGUUUUCUUUUCUUUUGAUUCCUUAAAAUGCUUGAGCGCUGUAAUUGCAGCCAUGUCAAAGCUGGGGUAAUAAUAAUGGAGUGCCAGGAGUGGCAAUGUGCUAUACAAGACUCCACUAUUAUUAUUAUUGUUAUGAUUAUAUAAGUGAUUGGUACACUUUAAAGGCAUGCACUAGGUCUCUUUUAAAAAGACAUCUUUGAAUGACAGAAACUAAGGAGUGGAAGGUACAAAUCCAAAUGCAAGUAAAUAUGGAUUAUAGUUAUUUAUUGAUUUAUUUCAAUGUCAAUAUAUACUUGUAUUCAAAUAAAUAAAUAGAUAAAUAAAUCCAAUUUCAUAACGACUGGCUUUUGGAUUUUACACAAAUUGUGUUUUUGUAGCUGAAUAGAGCCAUGGAAUAAACAACAAAUCUCUCAACAUUUUGUAUCGAGAGGACAUAAAACAUCUUCCUUAUUUACUAGAUACAUGUAGAGCUCCAUCAUUGGAGUAACAGUCUGGAAUUAAUUCUUUCGUACAUUUAUACCAUAUGUAUAUUAGUUUAAAAAAAAUUAAAAUCUAUUGUUGAUCGGAGGAAGCAUUUUCCGGUAAACCAAGAUCAUUGUGAAACUGAUGAUAUUUGAUACCUAGCCCAUCAUUCUGUUGAGUCUUGACGAAGGUUCAUCAGAUCAAAUAGGGCUAAUGUUCAUGGUCUUGUGAGUUGCCCUUUAUUUUAAACAAGACUGAAUUCAGCCUGUUGAUCCUCCUGUUGGAUGGGAUGCCGCCUGUUCAUAUGAUUCCUGUAAAGUGAAAUGUGUCAUACACUUCUAUAAUUGAUUCCAGUUUGUGAUUUGUGUGAUCAUAGUCGGUUGAUCAGUGACUUUCAAAAUUCUUGCAUAUCUCUAUUUUUGCACUAUUAUACAUUUUUGAAAAUGCAUGUAUGUUUGUAUACAUGGAGAGCUUGGAUAUAGUAAUUUCUUUCAAAUGCAAUUAAAAUCGUACAUGCCAAUGAUAAAAA